AUGACGGUGGAUCAGUUGCCUAAAUGCCUAUUCAAAGAGGGUACCGAAACACAAGUUGAGAAGGUGAACAACACUUGUAGAACUUCUAUACUUGAGGAGGUGGAGAAGUACGUUGAGGCAGAGUACAAAGAAGUGUUGGCUGAUCCGCUAUUUGCUCAGGUUAUGGCAAUUUAUGAGCAUAAGCUUCAGUAUUCGGGGAGACUGAUCCACACCUUUGCUUGUAAGCAGCUUCUUACCGCAAAACAUCAUGAGUUGUGGUUCCAUUAUACUCGGAGGCCUCUCAGAUUUGCGAUGCAAGAAUUCCAUGCGGUUACUGGUCUGAAAUACAAAGACGACGAGCCUGACUUGGGUAUUGAUGAUUGGAGCUAUGAUAAAGGGUUUUGGGGUAGGUUGCUAAGGAGGGAAAAAAAGAUUAGCUUACAGGAAAUCAGGAAGGUGCAUCUGAAGGAUUGUAAUACCUGGUCUCAUCUCGACAGGCUUAGGAUGGUGUAUUUGUGUGUGAUCGUUGGUUUAGUUAUGGCGAAGGAUGAGAGGGUUUGCAUCCCACACAAGUACAUCAAGCUGGUUAUGGAUUUCGAGAAGAUGAGGAAAUAUCCAUGGGGUCGUGACUCCUUUGAUUUGCUGGUGAAAUCCAUGAUCGAAGCUAGGGGUAAAGUGAAGAAGCAGAACAGUUAUGUUGUAGAUGGAUUCUCAUAUGCACUACAGAUUUGGUUGAUGGAGGUUAUUCCAGACAUCGGGUCUCUUUUGGGUCAGAAGCUCAGAGAAGGCGUCACUAGCAUGCGAUGUAGGAACUGGAAAGGAUCUGCUAAGGUUUCUUAUGACGAUAUUAUUAGCAUGGAGUCUAAUUUUGCAUCCACUGGAAAUGUAUUUCCAUACAUCUCUUCUACUGGAAAUUGCAAGAUCAUUGUUGAUGCUGGAUUUGAACGGGACGAUGAGAUGAAAGAUGAAAGAGUCGAUCUCAUCAUUGACAUGUACGAACAGAAGUAUGACUGGAGUAAACAUGUUUGGCAGCAUCAGGAAAAUGCCCAAGCAUUUGUGUACAGUUCUGAUGAAGAUGGUUCAGAGGAAGAAGUGGCUCGUGAGUCGCGUGACACUGGACGGGAAGAAGUUGAAACCGUCCGUGUGUCUCCUGCAAAGAAGCGAAAGAACAAGUAUCAGGAUAUUGGAGCCGAGUCAAGGAAGAAGAGGUUACUUUCCCAAAGAUCAGCUGACAAAUAUAGAGAUGUUGAAGAGGAAAUGAAGUCUUAUAUCCAGGGUAUGUUUAAGUCUUCAUUUACUUCCUUGGCGCUUGAGGUACGUGACAUAAUUGAAGACCGCUUCACCAAAUUAGAGGAGAAGUUGCUUUCAUCUCAGAAAACUGGUCCUUCUCCUGCUCCUACUCCAUCUCACACUCCUGGUCCUGUUCUGGCUUCUACUGAUGCUCCUACUACUGUUGCGGCUUCUACUUUUGAUCUUACUUCGGCUUCUACUCGCACUGGUGCUCCUCAAAAGACUUCUCGUGCUCCUGCUUCUUCUCGCGGUCGAGGUUCUGCUUCUUCUCGGGGCCGAGGUUCUGCUUCUACUCGCAGUCGAGAGUCGGCUCCUUCUCACACUGGUGCUCCUGCAGAUGCUGCAAAGACAAGGUCACAGACAAAGGUAAACAAGAAGUAG